CUGGCCGCUGCAGGGCAACACCCCGGCGUCCCUGGAAGCGGGGAGCCGGGGUGGUGCUGGAGAAGCGGCGCAGUCAUCGCCCUGACCCUUCCGGGGUGGGGGACAGGGGUCUCUGGGGUCUAGGUGUUCAAGCCCAGGCCAAGCAUGGCUGGACGACCCGUCCGCAUAGGAGACCAGCUGGUUCUGGAGGAAGAUUAUGAUGAGACCUACAUCCCCAGUGAGCAAGAAAUUCUUGAAUUUGCUCGAGAAAUUGGUAUUGAUCCCAUCAAAGAACCAGAACUGAUGUGGUUGGCACGGGAGGGCAUCGUGGCCCCACUGCCUAUGGAGUGGAAACCAUGCCAGGACAUCACAGGUGACAUUUACUACUUCAACUUUGCCAAUGGGCAGUCCACGUGGGACCAUCCGUGUGACGAGCACUACCGGAGGCUGGUGGUUCAGGAGCGGGGGAAGCUGUCGGCUUCUGGGGUGGCUAAGAAGAAGGACAAGAAAAAGAAAAAGGAAAAGAAAGACAAGAAGGACAGAGAGGCCUCCAGAAGCCCUGUGGAAACACAGCCUGAGCAGGGACUUCUGCCUUCUUCCUUUCUCCACGGCCCAUCCCCUCUCUCAGCACCUGGGCCUGCUGAUCUGGACCUAGACCAAGAGAUGGAGGCUAGAAGUGAGGGAUCCUUUAAGAAAGGAAAGAGUCCGUGCAUGUUGAGUGACACGCCAUGGCCUCCAAUGGGUGUCCUCUCUAGCAAACUGAAGCCACUGUCAAAAGGCCACGCUUCCCGAACCCACCAGAUCUUUGCCGAUAUGGAGAAAAUCUUAGGCAGGGCUCCAGCCCAGUUCAGGGCAGAAAUAGCUGAUCAGCCCGGUUUGGAGAUACCUCAGAAGGCAACACAGAAAAUCUGCCUGGGGUCUUCAGACCCUGAAAUAGAAGAGUUGGAAAUGAGGACCAGACAGCAGAAGCUUGGCGCCCUGGGCCCUCAGAACAUCGGGGCUCUCUGGAAUGGGCAGGAUGUGCUGGAGAGCAGGAGUCAGGCCCCUGUCCACCCUAAGCCUUCUGAAGCCAGCAAGGGCCCACGGCUAAAACGCGAGCAGCAUGGCUACAGCAUAGCCACACUGAGCUCCACUGGCCCUGAGGGGGACAAGGGUCAGAGCCCUAUUCCCUUGCCCUCCCCUGAGGAGGAGUCCUCCCUGUCCCCUGGUUCUUCUGACCACGUGCUACCCACCAGGCAGAGUAAGCUGCUCUCAGUAGAUGGCAGCUUAGCUGACGAUCUGAGCUGGCAGGGAGUUCCUGGGGAAGGUGAGAGCCUGGGCAGGGGAAGGCGAAGGAGAGAGCCCCCAGGCCUGUGGGUGGGACAAGUCUCCAAGCUUGUCAGCAGGGCCAGUCCUGGCAGCUGCAAGGAUACAGAGCCUGAUGUCCCUAUGGCUGUGGGGAACACAGCUGAAAAUCUACCGCAGGGACUCUUCCUAAUGCGAUCUGACCCCUUGGCAUCAGAAUCAGCUCAGGAUGCUUCUUCUGAGGCUCCAGCCAGUGAGAAGAGCCACCCUCCAGAGUAUCCAGACCCCCACAAUGAAGGCCAGAAGCCUAGUGUGUCUGGGGCUGACCUGAAGAGCUGCAGCAGUGACGACAGCAGUCUGGCCUUGCCUCUUGGCUCUCUCCUCCUGCAUGAGGUGAACAGCUUCCCUGGGGGCCGACAGAGCCCCCGCACCUCUGUGGUGGCUGUGGAUCCAUCAGACCCGCGGCCCAGAGAUUCACACUCCUGCCCCUACCUGGCCUUCCAGUUGUCUCACAUGCAGAGCUCUGCUGAGGAGCAGUCAGAGAGCGAAGACUACUCUGAGGAUCGGAGGUUCUACCAGCACAUUCUGCAGAUGGUCAAGAUCUCCCGGAGGUUGGAGGGCCUAGGGCUGCCCGAGAGUAUGCCGGAAAGGCCGUGCAAAGACAUUGCUGACAUGGUCUGUUGCAUGGAGGCUGAGCCUUUCAGGAAACCUAGUGAGGGUGAGCAUGAGGCCAUCAGAGCCGUGGAGAGGGACUCGCGGUUUCUGUCCUGGGGGCCACAGCUGCUGGGACUCCCUCAGGAGGUGGCCCCUGCCCCUGCAGAGCAGGAGGCACCACAGCAAGCCUACUGUCAGCCAAGCAGCCGUCUACUCAGGCAGGGGCUAGUCGAGCUGAGUUGCAGCAGAGGGCUGGCUACAGAGCCAGGCGAGACACAGCUUCUCAAUCAGGCUCUGGGUUCCUCAUUAGCCCCAGUCCAGGUUCCUUUUGGGGGCCUGGCUCCUUUAAGAGGCCUUGUAGAUGCCCCACCCUCUGGUCUUCGUGAAUCUCAAAACACAAGUCGGGGGAGCUCCGUGGAGUCUGGUCAGCUCGGGGAACUGCCACUGCUGCCACAGGGUUUGAAGACGUCUGCUCAUCCAAAGGGUCUCUUGGGCACCAUCCAGGAGGAUAAGAAUGCACUCAGCCUCUUGGCUUUAGGGGAGGAGACCAAUGAGGAUGAGGAGGAGAGUGACAACCAGAGUGUCCAUAGCUCCAAUGAGCUGUUCAAGAAUCUGCACUUGGAUCUGGGGUCUCUAGGGGGAAACUUCGAAUAUGAGGAGUCUCCAAGAACAAGCCAGCCAGUGGAGAAGGACAUUUCUUUUGAUUCAGAGCCUGCCGGCCCCACUAUGCCUGGAAAGCUCUUCAACCACGGUGGAGACAGUAGCCUGAGCAGUAGCAAUGGCAAGGAGCCACAGGGCAGAAGGGCGAGUUCUUGGCUUCCCAGGAGAGAGGAGAACAAAGAGAGUCAUCCUGCGGCUUUCCCAUGUCCAGUGACCCCUGGGGUGGAUGCUGGGGCCUCCAGAAAGAACUCUAAAGAGGACCUGAGAGAUGCAGGAGAGGAGAGUUCCACGAGGGAAGAGGCAGCAAAGGAGCCGAGGGAGGUGGCUGCUGCCCCCAAAGAGAGCAGAUCAGAUGCCAGUGAAGAUUUGGAGGUUAACGAAGUUCCGAAGGAACCCCAGCUCUCAGACUCCGUGGCGUCCGACCCCAAGUCUCUCCUUGGUCUGGACUUUGGUCUUCACAGCCAAGUCGUAGAGGACCUGCUAGAUGGUGAAAUGCUGUCCCCGGUCCUGGAUGGAGCCCGAUGGGAGUCUCAGAGGUUAGGAAGAGGAAUCCGGGAUGUCAGCCAGCCCAGCCGAGCAGAGCUCCAGAGUAAGCGGCCCAAAGGCCCAGAGAGGUUGUCUCCUCCACUUCUACACGGGGAGUGGCCCCAGAGUUCCCUGCAUAGCCAGGCCACAGAAGAAGGACCCCCAAAGACCUCUGAGGGGCAGCCUGGGCAGAUGGAUGUGGGGGAGCCUGAGGAGGACUCCGCAGCCAGUCCCAUCAUGCUGGUGUCCCGGCAGAGGGAGCAGGACUCAAGCCCAGUGGCUGCCCACAAGAGGGACCAGGCCAAGGAUCUGGGCUCUGAGCAGGAAGAGACCGAGGAGCCUGAGAAGGUGGCAGUCAGUGCCAUUCUGCCAGUCUCUCCAGAGGGGCCAUCUACAGAACCUUCGGGUCCCCCAAAACACCUGAGGCCGUCUCUAAAGGCCAUGGAAGAGGCAGUGGCCCAGGAACUUGAAGAAGAUCGGAGGCGGCUGCUGGAAUCUCAGCAAGAGAAAAUGCAGCAGCUGCGGGAAAAACUGUGGCAAGAGGAGGAAGCGGAGGUGCUGCAGCUUCAGCAGAAGAAGGAGAAGUCCCUCAGUUCCUUGAAGGAGCAGCUGCAGAAAGCCACUGAGGAGGAGGAAGCUCGGAUGAAAGAGGAGGAGGGUCAGAGGCUGUCCCGGCUCCGAGCCCAGGUCCAGUCUAGUGUGGAAGCAGAUGAGGAGCAGAUCAGAGCUGAGCAGGAGGCGUCCCUGCAGAGGAUAAGAGAAGAGCUCGAGGCCCUAGAAAAGGCUGAGAGGGACAGCUUGGAACAGAAAAGCAGGCAGCGGCUUGAACAACUCAGGGAAGAGCUAAAGGCCUCGGAGGAGCGAGCACGGGCUGCCUUGGAGACCCAGAAGGAAGAGGCUUUGCAGCACCUGAAGGAGCAGCUGGAAGGAGAGAGGAAAGAAGCUGUGGCGGCGUUGGAAAUCGAGCACAGUGCUGAGCUGGGGCGGCUCCAUGCCUCACUCGAGGCUAAGCACCGUGAGAUGGUCUCUGGCCUCCAGAAGAAGAUAGAGGAAGCUCAGCAGAAAGAGGCAGCUCGUCUUGAAGAGAACCUCGGGUGGGCAGAGCAGAGAGCUCACCAGAAGGCUCACCGGGUGGCUGAGUACGAGCAGGAGCUCAGCAGCCUCCUGCGAGAGAAGCGACAGGAGGUGGAAAGGGAACAUGAGAGAAAGCUGGACAAGAUGAAGGAGGAGCACUGGCGAGCCCUGGCUGAGGCCCGAGAGCUGUAUGAAGCUGAGGAGAGGAAGCAGCGGGCCGACCUCCUGGGGCAUCUGACUGCAGAGCUGGAGCAGCUGCGGAGGACCCAUGAGCGGGAGCUGGAGAUGGCGAGGCAGGAGCAGGAGCAGCAGCUCGGGGACCUGCGGCGCCGGCACCAGGAGCAGGAAAGGAAACUCCAGGACUCAGAGGUGGAACUUGAAACCAGAAUGAAAGAUGUCAGAGCUAGAAUGGCUCAGCUGGAUGUCCAGGAGGAGACUGUGCGGAAGGAGAAGCAGCAGCUGCUUGAUGUACAGAGGCAGGUUGCGCUGCAGAGUGAGGAAGCUACUGCCACCCAGCAGCACCUGGAAGAGGCAAAGAAAGAGCAUGCCCACAUGGUGGAGUCCAAGCGGCAGCUCCAGAGGGUCCUGGACGAGCUGCAGGCCCGCAAGCUGCAGCUGGAGUCCGAAGUGGAUCUGCUGCAGGCGCAGAGUCAGAAGCUACAGAGACACCUCAGCAGCCUGGAGGCUGAAGCUCAGAGGAGGCGGAACAGCUUGAGAGAGCUGGUGGUGGAGGAGAACAGUUCUGCCACGAAGUUUGAGCCAGAUCUCCACAUCGAGGACCUGAGGAAAUCACUGGGCACAAAGCAGACCCAAGAGGUAUCUUCCCCUUUCUCCCAGAGUAAGGAGGAGACCAUCUUGUCCUCGGACAGCGUCCGGCACUACCUCUCUGCUGAAGGGUUGGCCGUCCGUAGUGCCAAGGAGUUCCUGGUGCGGCAGACACGCUCCAUGAGGAGGCGGCAGACAGCCCUGAAAGCUGCCCAGCAGCACUGGCGGCAGGAGCUGGCCAGUUCCCAGGAGGAACCUGAUGACCCACUGGACACCCAGGCCCUAGAAGAUGUGCGAAAGAACCUGGAGGAGGAAACCAAGCACUUGGAUGAGAUGAAGUCAGCCAUGCGGAAAGGCCACGACCUGCUGAAGAGGAAGGAGGAGAAGCUGAACCAGUUGGAGUCCUCUCUUCAGGAAGAGGCCUCAGAUGAAGACACUCCACGAGGGAGCCUUCUGCAAGGGAGCCCUGCCAAGAAGGUGGUGACCUUCGACCUCAGUGACACAGACGACCUGAGCAGUGAAAGCUCGGUGUCCUACCCCCUGCCUUAUGUUGCCCCGACCCCAAGUCCCGCCUUCCCCAACAAGAUCCAUUACCUGAGCAGCUCCCUGCAGCGGAUCAGCAGCGAGCUCAAUGGUGUCCUCAGCGUGCUGGGCAGCCUCAGUACUCAGCCACCACCGCCACUCUUCACGUCCUCGCCGUGCUCCAAGAGCACCUCCGUUCCUGCCUUCUCCUCCCUGAACAAGGCCUCAGCCUUGUCCCCUGCUGCGCCCAUGUCCACCCAGUGGGCUUGGGACCCAGGGCAGGGCCCCAGGCUCUCCUCUUCCGUGGCUCAAACAGUGGACGACUUCCUGCUAGAGAAGUGGCGCAAGUAUUUUCCCUCUGGCAUCCCCUUGCUCAGCAGCUGCCCUCCCCCUCUGGAGAACAGGCUGGGCUAUAUGUCUGCCAGUGAGCAGCUCCGCCUCCUGCAGCGGCCCCAUUCCAGAGUCCCCGAGAUGGGCAGCACCAGCAUCCAGGGCAUGAUUGAGGCCAACCGCAAGUGGCUGGACCGCUUCAAGAAUGACCCCAAAGUAAAUCUCUUCUCCUCGGUCCCCAAGCCGUCAGCCACUUCAAACCUGCUGCAGCUGGGCCUGGACGAAAACAACGGACUGAACGUGUAUCGCUACUGAGCCCCAAGAUGGGCUUGGGAGCUGGCUCCUCCCCAGACCAAGUGCCUAAGCAGCUGCCUGCACUUUACUCUGACAGCGCACGCUCCUGUCCUCUGCUGCACCCCACUCAGGACUCUGAAGAAUCUGGAGAUGGGUGGAAAGGAUGGGAUGGUUGGAGAGUCAGCCACACUGUGACUGAGAACCUGAUUCUGGGCUGAGAUGUGUGGACUCACAUGAGCCUGUGCAUGAACUUGACAGUAAUGAGGAGUGUGGCCACUGAGGACCUUCAGAGACCUAGACCCCUUUGAGAGGAAGGGUGGUAUUCAUAGAGCUGCCUUGGAGCCAGGGAUUCCCUCAGGAGUGGGGUUGGUCCGUGGACCGGCAGGGCCCUGCUAGGGUUCACUGCCCAGGACAAAGCCUCCCAGUAUGUUUGUGCCCUGGGACCUGGCUCUUCUGGGCCAGUGUCUAUUUAAUACCUCAGUCUUGUGAGAUCAGUUCCUUCCUCUUCCCUUUAUUCUUGAAUGUCUCCUUUCUGAAAUAUUGCAGCUUUCUUUUUGACUAUCUCAGGACUGGGCUGUGCUAUGCAGAGCCCUGCUGGAAGUUGGAGGCUGGCCCCAGGACAUUGGCCUCUUUGGGUCUGCCAGCACUGUGCUGCUUCAGGGCUGUUGGGCGUGUCCUCCCUGGGGCUCCUCCCAGUUAAUAUCUCAGGUCUCAUGCCCACUUUUCCAGGAAGCUGGAAGCCACAGGAAAGGAUGGAUGGCUUCUGGCCCUCAUCACAGUUUCUCUUUUCCCAGACACCUUGGGUGCAAUCAUGGCCUUGUUUCCAUCUCCCUUUCCACCUGUGCCAGCCCUGUCAGAUCCCAGAAGUUGACAUGAGGGCUGGGCUAGUUCCAGUCAUUGGCAGGGAGGGUCGUGUACAGGCAGAGCUGCCACCCUGCUGGCACGGCUUCCUGCAGGCCCACUGCCUCUGCCCAUUAUUGGGUUCCUGUGGGCCUGCAUGGAAUGUUUUCUGACAUCUGUUCUGUUGUUUAAACAAAAUGCCCCAUUUUUAAAUCUUGAAAGCUAUGAGGUGGCCCUUGCUCCCCCGACCUAUAGAAACCAACUCUCACUGUCCCACCCUCAUUUGUUUGCCGUAGAAAAAGACCUGAAGAUCCAGCGGGUUUUCACCCGCUCCGAUAUUUUCUAGGCAGAACCUGCUACACGCAUAAAAGUCUUCUGUUUGGCACAGCCGGUGUGCUUUGGGAAUAGCUCAUGCGAUACGACCCGCUCUGGCGACGGUCCUGUGUUUUCUGCAUCAAUUAAAUCUUUGCAGGUCCAUUUUCUACCAGACAGUUCUGUGGAUGUCUCUCCUCUGGAGGCUUUUGCCUCCUUCCUCUUGAGAAGGGAGGGAGGGAAGAUACUCGUAGUCAUGGAACCCCUCCCCGGUAUGUGAUUUAAUCAUCACCGUGACUUUGGUGUCGGUACUGACUUAGGUAUUUUCUGCUCCAGUUUUUAUGGAUGAGGGGAGAUCUAGGAUCAGAGCCUGUUAAGUGCUUGGGGCCCUAGUAAAGUAUAGAACCCCACACCCUGUCCCUGCCGCCCCAGAGCACCCGCACUCACUCUGGGGAGAGUCGGUACCCUCUCCGCCUCUCUUUGCCCCUGCCCGCUUCCUGCCUACCAGCUGGAGACCCCGAGAGCCAUUUCCCUAGGGUCAGCGGGCUUCUCUGUCAUGCAGACAAAUGUGCCAUAAGCCGCCUCUCCCCCAGGUCCUAAGCUGGCAGGUAUGUUUUGUUUUCUGUCCCCCCCCCCGGGGGGGGGUAUGAGGGGCGGCUUAGGCUUCCCUACAGUAACUUGUCUCCCAUUCAUAGCAACAGCAUUGCUAGGAUAGCCACCUGAGGGGGCCGUGUUCCCGGAUGUGCACGCAGAAACUGACACAAAGAGAGAAUUUACAGAACUCAGCCCAGCAUGCACGCUGCUUUGUAUGAAGGAAGGAAGGGAACUAGUAGCUGUUGAAGCCCUCCCACGGGCCAGGUGCUUUGCAUGUGUUCUUGCCUGGACUCUCAGCUGUAUGAAGCUGCUAUUCUCUAGUCUCGAGAAGCUGACUCAUAGGAACUCAAGGUCACACAGCUCAAGCCUGGGAUUUGACUCCAGAGCCGUGUCUCUGAAAGUUGAGUUCUGCUGCUCUUGGUCCCUGCUUUGCGUCUUCUGUCUUCCUCCUGUCUCGAAGCUCAGUCCUGGGCAGCUUAGCCUGAAGGUCUGGGUUCCAGGCAGCAAAAGGCUCCCAGCUGGGGAAGCAAAAUCUUCCUGAGCCAAGGUUUGCUAAGGAAGUUUUCCAAGACUCCAAAAUUGUUCCAUCCUUCCUCAUGGAUUUCAGAGUUUAGCCAGGAGACUAAAAUCAUAGACUUCUGCAGCCGAAUGGGGCUGAUUUAUGUAAUUGGACUGCUACUAAAAACACAGGGGCUGGGGACAAGGCUCAGUGGUGCAGCGUGUGUUUAGUGUGUGCGAGGUCUGGCUCCAUCCCCAGCACCGCCCUCCCCGAACACCACAAACCCGGUAGCUUUUAACAGCAGAAAUUUGUUUCUCAUUGCCUGGAGGCUGGAAGCCUAAGAAUAAGGUGCUGGCAAAUUUGGUAUGUGGUAAGUGCCCGCUUUCUGCUCCUAGAUCGUGCCUUCUGGCUGUGCCUCUCUUGGAAGCGGGGUAAAGCUGUGUUCUCUUUGUUUUGUUUUUUUAUUUUAUUUAUUUAUUUAUAUUUUUAUUUUUUCCCAUAAUUUUAUUGAUAAACAAGCUGUGUUCUCUUUGGUCUAU